CAAAGUUUUUUAACUUAUUGUCUGUUGUGUAUCAUUUUCACAACUUGGUUGGCAUUCAGGCCUACAAAUAAAGGCUUAUUGCAUGUCAUUCGUAUGAGAGGCUGGAAAUACUUGUUAUUAUCGGUGGUGGACGUCGGGGCCAACUAUGUCCUCAUCAAAGCAUUUCAAUACACAGCACUUACAAGCAUUCAAGUGAGUCCUUCCCAGCCAUACAAUACCUUUCAAAAUAUAAUACAUUUUAGAUAUUAUAUACAUUAUGUAACAUCAAAACUCUUAGAUUGUAUACAAUUGCCGACAGUAUUAGCCCUUUCCUGGCUGUUCAUCAAAGUUAGGUUUGGUUUACUCCAUAUAUUGGGCUCAUGUAUUGCCUUAAUGGGUGUCGGAUGUCUCGUAUGGGCCGACAUCGAAGACAUUAGCACUGAUAUCACGCCGAAGAAUAGAUUUCUUGGAGAUAUGCUGUGCUUAUUAGGAGCAGCUCUUUAUGCCAUUUCCAAUGUGUCGGAAGAAUAUGCCGUCAAAUGCUAUAGUAUUGUGGAAUUUCUCGGAAUGAUUGGACUCUUUGGCACAAUUCUUAAUGGCAUUCAAUUAUAUUUUCUGGAAAGACACGAAUUAGUGAAUGCAAUCAAUUUUGAGAAAUGGCAGGAAAUAUCUCUUGUAAUCGGAUUUUCUAUGUCUUUACUUUUAGUUUAUAUAACAAUGCCAUUAGUCCUACAACUAAGCAAUGCUUCGGCGCUCAAUAUAUCCAUACUUUCAUCCGAUUUCUAUUCACUUAUGUUUGGGAUCUAUUUAUUUCGCUUCAAAUUUCAUUGGCUUUACUUUGUGUCGUUCGCUGCAGUCAUCCUCGGCUUUCUGGUCUACUUUUUAGAGCCGACACAAACCCAUCCGACGGCUGACAAUAACUUUAAUGAAACGAAUAUUAACGGCGAGUAUAAUAACGAUAUUGAUAUAAACCGUGUGAUCACAACCAAUGCCUACAUCACAACGAGUCCGGCUUACAAUCAAUUCAAUUCACAAUUCAAA